UCUGCAAAAAUCUCCUUGAAAAUUCAAGAGAAGAAAAACGAGCGAAAAAUCAAUGGCUGGAUCUGUUACUACAGGGGCCAUUGCCACCCUUCUUUCAAAUCCAUCUCCCGAUUCUUCUUCCCCUCAGACGCCGGCGAUCGUCAUCCAAGUUGUCGAUCUCAAACCCGUCGGCAACAGCACUACUCGAUUCACGUUUAUGGCUAAUGAUGGGAAGAUGACGCUGAAGGCAAUGCUUCCAACCCAUUUCUCUUCAGAAAUACAUUCUGGAAAACUUCAGAACCUUGGUCUGAUUUCUAUUCUUGAUUAUACCUGCAAUGCCAUUCCAAAUCAGCCUGGAAAAUGUUUGAUUGUCACAAAAUGUGAAGUGGUUUCUCCUGCACUCGAAAUGGAGAUCAAAACUGAAAUAAAAAGAGAAGAAACAGGAAUUGUUUUGAAGCCAAAGCAGGAAACAAUUACAAAAUCUGCUGCUCAGAUUGUGCAAGAACAACAUGGAAAUUCUGCUCCUGCUGCACGUAUGGCCAUGACAAGAAGAGUUCACCCUCUUGUUUCCUUGAAUCCUUAUCAAGGGAGCUGGACCAUAAAGGUUCGGGUCACAAGCAAAGGCAAUUUGCGCACGUAUAAGAAUGCAAGAGGCGAAGGCCAAGUCUUCAAUGUAGAGUUAACAGAUGAAGAUGGUACCCAAAUACAAGCAACUAUGUUUAAUGGAGCUGCAACCAAGUUCUACCCCAAGUUUGAAUUGGGAAAGGUUUACUUCAUUUCUAGAGGAACCCUUAGAGUUGCAAACAAACAAUUCAAAACCGUUCAAAAUGAUUAUGAGAUGACCUUAAAUGAGAACUCUGAGGUUGAAGAGGUAAUUGGAGAAGAAUGCACAUUUAUUCCAGAAACAAAAUUCAACUUUGUCCAGAUUGAUCAGUUAGGUUCAUAUGUGAAUGGAAGGGAACUUGUUGAUGUUAUUGGAGUUGUUCAGAAUGUUUCAAGUACUUUAAGUGUACGAAGGAAGAGUGACAAUGAAAGCAUUCCAAAGCGUGAUAUCACAAUUGCUGAUGAGUCGAAGAAGACAGUUACUGUCUCUUUGUGGAAUGAUCUGGCCACAAACGUUGGGCAGGAGUUGCUGGAUACGGUUGAUGCUGCCCCAGUUGUAGCGAUAAAAUGUCUUAAAGUGGGAGAUUUUCAAGGACUAUCUCUGUCGUCGAUCAGCAGAAGCACUGUACUGAUAAAUCCAGAUAUGCCAGAAUCAAAGAAGCUGAGAUCCUGGUAUGAUUCUGAAGGCAAAGGAACUUCAAUGGCCUCAGUUGGCUCUAGCAUGGUCUCUGGUUCAUCAAAGGUGGGGGCCAGAUCCAUGUAUUCUGAUAGAGUCUUCCUCUCUCAUAUUGUCAGUGAUCCAUCCAUGGGCCAGGAUAAGCCUUUGUUUUUCACUGUCAAGGUUUAUAUAAGCUACAUCAAGCCCGAACAGGCAAUGUGGUAUCGGGCAUGUAAGACAUGCAAUAAGAAAGUGACAGAAGCCGUUGGAUCUGGGUAUUGGUGCGAAGGAUGCCAAAAGAAUGAUGUGGAAUGCAGUUUAAGAUACAUAAUGGUGGUGAAGGUUGCAGAUGCAACUGGAGAAGCUUGGUUUUCUGUUUUCAAUGAGCAGGCAGAGAAGAUUAUUGGGUGUUCUGCAGAUGAGCUUGAUAGGAUCAAGUCAGAGGAUGACAAAACAUUCCAGCUCAAGUUGAAAGAAGCAAUGUGGGUCCCACAUCUAUUCAGAGUCAGUGUGGCACAGACUGAGUACAUGAAUGAGAAAAGGCAGAGGAUCACAGUCAGGAGCCAGGCCCCAGUUGAUUGGUCAGCUGAAUCAAAGUACCUGUUAGAAGAGGUGUCCAAGAUGUCCAUCUCUUAAAUCAUCUCUGUAUUUCCUUUUUUUUUUUCAAAAGAUUGCUUUGAUCCUUUUUGCAAAUGUGGAAAUGGAAAGAGCCUCUUUAAUUAGAUAUGUAAUGUGGUUUUUGGGCUCUUCUCAUUUGUGUAAUAUAUCUUCUUCAAAUGACCAAAUGCAUGCAGUCUUCUCUUC